UGGCCUUUAAGUUCGCGUUGUUUACAAAACAGAAUUUAAAUCAGGAACCACAAAUAUAUAUAAUUUCAUAUGGUGAAAAGUCAUAUACAAUUGAUCAUUUAGUCAGUAUAGUUUCUUCAAGAAUGGAUAGAAUCGAUCUGAGAGUGAUUGGUAAUGUUACCGACUCCUACAUAUGUGCUUCAAGUGACAGUGAAUAUGGAACAAUGGGGUACACUGAAACGUUAAAUGACAGAGAUGCAAUUGAAGAGACUGCCGAUAUGAUUAAUCUUGCCAAAGAUAUGGAUAACUUCAAAGAAAAUAUUGGAAGUCGUUACAAAAGUCAUGUUAAAUCUGAUCAACAAAUAGAUACACCCACCAAAUUCAAAGGCAAGUCUCCUAAGGUUCUCAAUUCAAUUCAUGAAAAUCAACUUCAUAAACAUAAAUUACAACAUCAGAUAAAGAAAAAUGAUGGUAAUGUUUCUUUACUAUUUUCAUCCCAUUCAACUCCAUUGGUUUCAAAACAAAACAAUACCAUUAAUAAUAAAUGGGAAGUAUCAAAUAGACUACCUGAAAUCAAUGAGCUUGACAAUUAUGCUCCUAUAACUAAGAUACGACAAUCAAUAGCAUCUGUGCAAAGACAGAAUAGUAUGUUGAACCAAGCCAGACCAAUCCAUAAUGAUAGUCUUUUUUAUCUGGAUACUGAAAAUGAAGAUGGUGAUGAUGAAGGGGAAGAAAUACUGGAAGAAGAUUCCGGUCUUGAUAUCAAAAAUAAUAAUAAUGGUCAUAUCAAAUCAGAUAAGCAAAUACCGUCCGUUGAUAACAAUGGAAGUUUUCAAGAGUCUAGAAAAAGAGAGGUACAGAGACCUACUAUUAACGAAGAGACUCCAAGAACCACUCCACCUCAUUCCCAGGAAGAAAUCAACAGUUCAAAAUUAUUUAAUGAAACAAACUAUGAUGUUAAUAUGAAUGAUGAAGUAUAUAAGAUUAUUGUGAAUUUAAAGCAAAAGCUUGAAGAAGAGAGAUCAGCAUCAAAGUUAUUAAGAGAGGAAGUUAAUCAGUUGAAGCAAACAGUACAACCACUUCCACCAUUGUCAUCAGCCCUGGAACAAAUAGAAGAUAUCAGUGCUCCUUAUCCUAUUGAGUUAAAUUUCGAUGAUUCUACCGCACAGUUCCAUUUUGAGAAUGAACUGACAAGACAACCAUAUCCAGUUAAAAAAAGUAUUGAAAAUAGUACGAUUGAUCAAAUGAUGCUGGAAAAUGGGAAAUUAAGACUUGAUAAUAAUAACUUAGUGAAACGAGUUGAAUCAUUAGAAAGUCAGUGUCUUGAAUUGAAUAAUGAAGUGAAAUAUUUGAGACAUAUCAAAGAAAGUACUGAAUCCAUUGAAGGAAAGAAAGUGAUAGAUGAUCUCACUGACGAUGAUUGUGUGCCUAUUAAUACUCGUGAGAUUGGAAUUCAAGUUAAUAAUGAUGAUGAUGAAGAAGAAAAGGAAGUUGAAAUCCAAAAAGAAGUAGAGCAGCAAGAAAUUAAAGAAGAUAAUAAUAAUAACAAGAAACAAGAGAAUGAUGAAGAAGAGAAUCAACCGAUUAGCAAAGUGACUCAAUUAGUUAACACUCUUGAGAUAAGAAGUUUCAAAUUUGAAAUAGAGAGAUUACAAAAAUUACUUGAAAAAGUUCAACAACAAUAUGCAACGUCACAAAAUCAAAUUCAAAGAUUACAACAAGAAGAGAUAGGAAACCAAUCUGAUUUAAUGACUGAAUCUAAUUGUCAAGAUUUAUUUUUCAAGCGUUAUAAUUUACAAAAAGUUGAUAAAUUAACUAAAGUCCAAAUGUCAAAUAUAAUUAAAAUGAUAAUGAUGAAAUUAUCAAUUGGGGAAGAUUUGGAAGCAAAUAUUACCUGUUUGGGAGUCUAUAUGAAAAUGUCGAUGAAUUUCAUUGAUGAAUUACAUGAAAUAUUGUAUAUUAAUAAUGAAUUUAAACCAUCACAAUAUUUAACUCAAGAUGGUAAUGAUAAGUCGGUGGAUAGAUUAAACGAUUGUAUGAAUGAUAUGAUUAAGAACAUUGAAAAAUUAUUACAAUAAAAUAGCUUACUUUAUGAUAUAUAGAUAUAAUCUUACGUAAUAAGAUUGUCAAAUCAACGUAUAUUUAUAACAAGUUAAAACGUGAACAGAAAAGAAAGCGAGAAAUACAGGC